AUUUUUAAAAGUAGUUUUUUAUCAAAAUUCGUGUUUAUUAUCUUAUUAUAUAUAUGUUUAAUCAUUAUAUAUUUAAACACAUAUCACAAUAUUAUAAGAAAAAUUAUUAUUCCCUCUGUUCCUAAAUAUAAGAUGUUUAGGUAAAAAUACAUAUAUUAAGAAAACUAUUUUUUGUCUAGAAAAUAUCAUUAAAACUAUAAAUUAAUAGUAUUCAACCAAGUAUAAAAUAGACUAUUAAAAUAUAAUUGGGUAAACAGUUUUUAAUAAAGUAAAAGUUACCUAAAAAUGAAAAUAUCUUAUAUAUUGGAACAUCAAAAUUCUGUAAAACAUCGUACUUUUAGGAACAGAUGGAGUAUCAAAUAGUCUUUUGCAACUAUCUUUUGAUUAGGAUUUUAAAAAGGAAAAUUACUAUUAAAUAAUAUUUUAAUUACUUUUUAAUAAAUCGUUUUUGUUAAUAUCUUAUUAUAUAUAUUUUUAAUUAUGAGAUAGAUUAUCACAUGUCACAAUCAUAAAAUACAUAGUUACCAUAUGUCGCGAUCAUGUUAAUUAGCAACUUUGAAGAACCAAGCUUUAUAUAAUAAGAUAUAUAUAUAUAUAUAUAUAUAUAUUAAGUAUAAAAUUUAUAUUAAAUAAUCUGAUAUAAAAAUCUUGUAAUUUUUCAGCUAUUUAUUAUACUUUUAUCGAAUCAGUCCGUCAAAACAGCUUUUACUAUCAAACUAAAUACCAAAAUAAAACAAGUAUCCUAAAAUCCAUAAACACAUAAAAACUACAAUAAAACAUAAUUUAAUCCUAUUGGCACUUACCACCGAUACCAAUUAUAUCAAAUAGCUUGUAUUUUCAAAUACCAUUAUCUCCAAAUCAAAAUACAAAGCUUAUACCACAAAUAUAAUACAAUGCGCGUGUAGCACGGACACAUCCCUAAUCAUUAAAUAUAAUUAGACAAGUCAAAAGCGAAAGCGGAAAGUCAGAACUUUAGAAAGAAGGAAAUCUAAGAUAAUAAUAAUAAAAAAAAUAUAAUUAGACAAUUCAAAAGCGAAAGCGGAAAGUCAGAACUUAGAAAGAAGGAAAUCUAAGAUAUAAUAAUAAAAAGGAAAAAAGGAAAGCGCGUAAACGGAAAAGAGGAAAUAAAACCUAAUAUAAAUAUGAGUAUACUUCUCGACCUCUAAACAAGUGAUUCAGAGUUCAACUCUUUCUGUUCUCUUUAAACUCUCUCUCUAUUCUCGUCCCUAAACAACGAAUCCAAUUUGGCAUUCAUAAAUCUUUCUUACAAUAACAAAUCAUGGUUUGGUAUGGGUACUGCGACGACGAACCCGACACCUUCAUCUCCUUCGACCCAGUCUUCACCGACACUCAACAUAACCUAAAAAACCCUAACUUCUCCUUUGUCUUCGAUUUCGAAUUGGUUUACAGGCAAGCCCCCGAACCAAACUCUGAUUCAGACGAAGACGAAGACUUCUGCAAUUUAGAAACUCGAAUCCUUCGUCAAACCCACGAGUUCGAUAGAGAUUGGCUCAUCGGUGGCGAUAGGGAGCAGAUACAAGCCAACGUGUUUCAGAUUCUUGAGAUGAUCCAAGUCCCUUCUUACUCUGACAUUGUUUAUACGUUAACUUUCAAAAUCUUUGAUUUAAAGAAGCGCGAGUCCGAGUCUGAUUCGCCGGAGAUUGAGAGGAUACGAGUCGGGAUUGAUGUUAUCGUCCCGAGGUUUCCCGGUGCUAACGAUGACGUUUGAUAUGUAACUUGAGCGAUGAGGUGGUUGUUGGGAACGACCAAGGCUGUGUUAGGUUUUUCUUUUACUGUUUAAAAAGUGUCUUUGUUGAUUUCAUGUUGUUCCUUGUUUCUUUUUGUCAUUAUGAAUAUAUUCAAUAGAGUGUGCGACUUUCAAAUUUA